UGGAAGCGUGCGAGGGGGUGGGGUGGGUGGAAAUAGCGGCUGCUUCUUUUCCAGGGGUUGAUUUCAUGGGGAUGUGUUCAAGGCAAGAGCGAAUUCAGAAGGAUAUCGACGUCGUGAUCCAGAAGUCCAGAGCCGAGAAGGACUGCCUGUUUGCAGAUUUCAGAUACUCUGACUCCACCUUUACCUUCACCUACGUUGGCGGCCCCAAAAGUGUAUCCUAUUCAGUACAUGUAUCUGAGGAUUACCCAGAUAAUACGUAUGUGUCAAGUUCAGAAAAUGAUGAAGAUGUAUUAGUUACCACAGAGCCAAUUCCCGUAAUUUUUCAUCGAAUUGCAACAGAAUUAAGAAAAACAAAUGACAUUAACUGUUGCUUAUCCAUAAAAUCCAAAUUACAGAAGGAAAAUGGGGAGGAGUCAAGACAAAGUAGUACAGUGGAAGAAGAUUCUGAAGGUGAUAAUGACUCUGAAGAGUUCUAUUACGGAGGACAGGUGAACUAUGACGGUGAGCUGCACAAGCACCCGCAGCUCGAAGCCGACCUGUCGGCGGUCAGAGAGAUCUACGGGCCACACGCAGUUUCUCUCAGGGAAUAUGGAGCCAUUGACGAUGUAGAUAUUGAUCUGCAUAUUGAUGUUAGCUUUCUUGAUGAAGAGAUUGCUGUGGCUUGGGAAGUGAUCCGAACAGAACCUAUAAUUGUCCGACUACACUGUUCCCUUACGCAGUAUUUAAAUGGCCCAGUGCCCACUGUUGAUGUCUUUCAGAUUUCCACCAAAGAGCGGUUUGGAUUGGGGCAUCAGCUGAAAAAGAUCAUGCAGACGUUUGUCACGCAGCAGUGGAAACAGAGCAAAGAGAAAUCCAGUUGCCUGCACAGCAAGAAGCUGUCGGAGAAGAAAGCCAAGUCCCCCCUGCAUUUGUUUUCUACCCUGCGCAGGUCGCCAAGUUACCCUCCCCCCGGCUGCGGCAAAAGCAAGUCCAAGCUGAAACCCGAGCAGGAUGGAAUCUCCAAAACGCACAAGCUGUUGAGGAGGACUUGUUCCAGCACCGUCAAGACAGAUGACACAUGCGCCUCCAAGUCGCAGCACCGGGCCUUCGGCCGUUCCCUGUCCAGCGACCCCAGGGCGGAGCAGGUGGCGCCCACCCUCAAGUCGCACAAGCUGCUGGCCCGGCCCUGCCCUGCGGCCGCCAAGCAGGAGGACGGCCUCGCUCUCAAGCCGCACAAACUGCUGACUCGGUCCUGCUCCGGGGACCCGCGCUGUGAGCACGGAGCCCCUGUAAAGCCCCACAAACUGUUGAGCAGGUCCUACUCCAGCCACCUGCGCAUGGACGAACUCUACGGGCUGAAAAACCACAAGCUGCUCGGCAAGCCCUCCGCCAGCGCCCCCAAGGCGUCCAAGGCGGAGCUCUGCGCCGAGCCCGCCGCCGAGGGCCGGAGGCUCUCCCUCACCUCAGGGCUUAUUGGUAUCUUGACCCCGUCUUCAUCCUCCUCUUCCCAGCCAGCUCCAAAUGGUGCCAAAUGCAUUCCAAUACGAGAUCGCGGCUUCCUAGUGCAGACCAUCGAGUUUGCUGAGCAGCGGAUCCCCGUGUUGAACGAGUACUGCGUGGUUUGCGACGAGCGCCACGUGUUUCAGAACGGCCCCAUGCUCAGGCCCACCGUGUGUGAGCGCGAGCUGUGUGUGUUCGCCUUCCAGACCCUGGGAGUGAUGAACGAAGCUGCUGAUGAAAUAGCGACCGGCGCGCAGGUGGUGGACCUACUGGUGUCCAUGUGCAGGUCUGCGUUGGAAUCGCCUAGAAAAGUUGUCAUUUUCGAGCCGUACCCCUCUGUGGUCGACCCUAACGACCCUCAGAUGCUGGCCUUCAACCCCAGGAAGAAGAAUUACGACCGAGUGAUGAAAGCCCUGGACAGCAUAACUUCUAUUAGAGAAAUGACACAAGCACCGUAUCUGGAAAUCAAGAAGCAGAUGGAUAAACAAGACCCCCUGGCUCAUCCCCUGCUGCAAUGGGUUAUUUCAAGUAAUAGGUCACAUAUUGUGAAACUGCCAGUUAACAGGCAACUGAAGUUCAUGCAUACUCCACAUCAGUUCCUGCUUCUCAGCAGUCCACCAGCCAAAGAAUCCAACUUCAGAGCUGCUAAAAAACACUUCGGAAGUACCUUUGCCUUUCAUGGCUCGCACAUCGAGAACUGGCACUCCAUCCUGAGGAAUGGCCUGGUGGUCGCUUCCAACACGAGGCUGCAGCUCCACGGUGCAAUGUACGGAAGUGGAAUCUAUCUAAGUCCAAUGUCAAGCAUAUCAUUUGGUUACUCAGGGAUGAACAAGAAGCAGAAGGUGUCGGCCAAGGACGAGCCGGCCUCCAGCAGUAAAAGCAGCAGUGCAUCCCAGUCACAGAAAAAAGGACAGCAAUCCCAGUUCCUGCAAAGCCGUAACUUAAAAUGCAUAGCCUUAUGCGAAGUGAUCACGUCCCCUGACCUGCACAAGCACGGAGAGAUCUGGGUCGUCCCCAACACCGAUCACGUCUGCACCCGGUUCUUCUUUGUCUAUGAAGACGGCCAAGUGGGAGAUGCAAAUAUUAACACACAAGAAGGAGGCAUUCACAGAGAGAUCCUCCGAGUGAUCGGUAACCAAACUGCUACUGGUUAAAGGACCACCACGUAAUUAACGUGAUUUGAAAGCCUUCCUCGGGUUCAAAGCUGGAUUUUGAACUGAAGAAGAUGAUGAAAUAAUUUAUUGUUAUUAUAAACAAAAUUAAUCCUUUGAAUACCGAUUUUUUUCUUAGUAUUUCUAAGCAUCUCAUUAAAUACCUAAAAUGGUAUACAAUUUAUCAAUUGUAGGGUUAUGGAAUCUAGUAAUAAAAUUACAGC